AUGUCCCAUGAAUGGCUCAUAAGCGCAUCGGAAACAAUGAGAAGCAUUGGUAAUGGGGAAGGUUUGCGGGAUAAAGGUGCUGUCGUUGCCAACAAUGACGGAGAAUUUAACGAAGGUGAUACAAAUCGUGAAGAGGAUAGCUCUACCAUUUUCUCCUUCGAUUUUGACGAGGAGAUUGUAAUGUGUAUUGACUUUUCUGGAGGAAAACUCGGGUGUUCUAUUUUAGAUUAUCAUACCAAGACUUUGAAAGCGUUUGACCAGGACUACGUGGUCAAUAAAACAACAAUUUCGUCUCAUGAUCUUAUCGAUGAUGCAGAUAUGUCUUCAAACGACAUAAGUCUGUUACUUGGACUUUUAAUAAUGGAAGCAAACCCAACUGUAUGCCUAGUGCCGGCAAGAUUGGAGGAUUGGAUUUUCGACUACAUUAAGACAAAAUGCGAUGAGAUAAACUGUAGGCUAGAACUACAACCAAUAAAACGUUUCAAAAAAUGGGACUUAUUGCAGUCAUUGCAGUUAAGGGGUCAUGAUAAUCAGACUAUAUUGAACGACAUAUUAUCAAAUAGCAAAUUUACCACCACAGUCACCUUAGGUACAGUGGGAUGCAUCCUUGCAAAUCAUGAACAACUUGGUGAAUACAAUGACAGUACUGCUUCAAGUAAUAUGGUAACAGGACGAUUAGUUCAGAAUGCUUUUGAAGAUGUGAUACAUGGCAUAAGGUAUAUCGACAUAAGGGAUCGGAUGGUACUGGAUGAAAAUACUAUAUCGGCUUUGCAUAUUUUUCCAACAGCUCAUAAACUGGGCCAUGAUAAGAUGAUGAGAAAUGGUUUCUUUAGUGUAUUUGAACUAUUCAAUCAAGUGUCUUCGGACUACGCCAGGAGAAUUUUGAAGUCUUGGCUUAUUAACCCAUUAACCAAUAAAAAACGGAUAGAAACAAGAUACAGCAUCAUAAGAACCUUAUUGGAUAAACAAAACGCCAUCAUUUUUAGUGACCUUAGCCAAUCAAUAAAAAGAUGUCCAGACGCUUUUGGGUUUAUAAAUCAGUUAAGAAGUGGUAAAUCGACAUUAGGGACAUGGUCCAAGGUUGCAAGUUUUUUAGAAAAAGGAAUAGCUAUAUUUCAACUGGUGUCGUCCUUGAAAUUAGGUUCAGACGAAGCCAACAUUUUACAUGAUAUCAAAAAUAAGGUUGAUAUAUCAGCUUUAAAGGAAUGUUUGAGAAAAGUAGAAACGGUAAUAGAUUUUGACACAUCAAGAGAUACCAAGACGCUCACGAUAAAUACGGGGGUUGACAACAGAUUAGACGAAUGCAGAAAUAUUUAUAAUCAUUUGGAAGGGAUCUUACUGGAUGUCGCAAGAGAAACUCAAAUUUUUUUACUGAAUACUAUGCCUCAAGAAGAUUGUAAGACAACAAAGAGUUUAGAAAAGUUAGUGAAUGCUGUUUAUAUUCCCCAAUUAGGAUACUUAGUAACCAUUAGCGUCUUAAUGGAACCUUUAUUGGAUGGCAUUCCAAACCUUCAAUGGGAAGAGAUCUUUAGGAGUUCAGAAAAUAUAUACUUCAAAAAUGGCAGGGUUCUUGAGCUGGAUGAAACAUACGGCGAUAUUUAUGGCGCGAUUUCAGAUUUUGAAAUUGAAAUCCUGUUUUCCUUACAAGAACAAAUUCUGAGAAGAAAGACUCAACUCACUGCUUACAAUAUACUGCUUAGUGAACUGGAAAUAUUAUUAUCGUUCGCUCAAGUGUCUGCUGAAAGGAAUUAUGCAGAGCCUCAAUUGGUGGAAGAUGAGUGCAUAUUGGAAAUUAUUAACGGAAGACAUGCUUUGUAUGAAACAUUCCUUGAUAAUUAUAUCCCCAAUAGCACAAUGAUUGAUGGCGGGCUAUUUUCUGAAUUAAGUUGGUGUGAACAAAAUAAAGGAAGAAUCAUUGUAGUCACUGGCGCUAAUGCAUCUGGAAAGUCUGUAUAUCUUACACAGAAUGGUUUAAUUGUGUACUUGGCACAAAUUGGUUGUUUUGUUCCAGCAGAGAGAGCGAGAAUUGGAAUAGCGGAUAAAAUAUUAACUAGAAUCAGGACUCAAGAAACUGUUUAUAAGACUCAAAGUUCCUUUUUGCUAGAUUCUCAACAAAUGGCAAAAUCACUGAGUUUGGCCACUGAAAAAAGUCUCAUUUUAAUUGAUGAAUACGGCAAAGGUACUGAUAUUUUAGAUGGACCUUCACUAUUUGGUUCCAUAAUGCUCAAUAUGUCCAAGAGUGAAAAAUGUCCACGCAUAAUCGCAUGUACACACUUUCAUGAACUAUUUAACGAAAAUGUACUCACAGAGAAUAUAAAAGGUAUCAAACAUUACUGCACUGAUAUACUUAUCAGCCAAAAAUAUAAUCUUUUAGAAACAGCACAUGUCGGAGAAGAUCAUGAAAGUGAGGGAAUCACAUUCCUAUUCAAAGUAAAGGAGGGGAUCUCAAAGCAGUCAUUUGGCAUAUAUUGCGCAAAAGUAUGUGGUUUGAGCAGAGAUAUUGUGGAAAGGGCUGAAGAACUAUCUCGCAUGAUUAAUAGAGGCGAUGACGUAGUUCAGCAAUGUGGAAAUCUGACCGAAAAGGAGAUGAGAGAAUUCCAAAAGAAUCAGGAAAUAGUGAAAAAGUUUUUAUCUUGGGAUUUGGAUCUCGAAACUACAACAACUUCCGAGAAUCUCAGGCUUAAAUUGAAAAAUUUCCUUCGCUAA